CCUUCGGCGAGAAACGUUUGCAGACGACGAGGAGGGCAGUGCUGGGCAGUAGCGUAGGUGCAUUGAGGUCACACUUAAUGUUCGAUAUCUUAUUAAAGUGUUAUUUUAUACAAAAGAGUCGCAUUAUUUUAGCUUUAUAGUUGUCAUUGUUUUAAGCUGCUUUUAUUAUUUUAUCUAGGCAGUGCAUCAGAUUUUGUCGGCUCGAUGAGUUUCCGAAUGUGAAGUGCAUUAGGCGUUGAAGAAAAUGGCGAAUUUAAAGCAAACUCCGUUAACGUGUAGUGGUCAUCAGCGACCCGUUGUACAUCUUGAAUUUUCCGACAUCACUGAUUCUAGUUAUUACUUAAUUUCGGCCUGCAAAGAUGGACAACCAAUGUUACGUCAAGGUGAUACGGGAGAUUGGAUUGGUACAUUUAAGGGGCACAAGGGAGCAGUUUGGGGUGUUGCGCUAAAUGUAGAUGCUACCAAAGCAGCAAGCGGUGCUGCUGAUUUUAAUGCUAAAGUUUGGGAUGCGAUCAAGGGUGAAGAAAUCCACUCUUUUCAGCACGAGCACAUUGUAAAGUCCGUUGAUUUUAGUAAAGAUUCCGUCUAUCUUGCUACGGCUUCAAAAGAAAAGAUUGUUAGAGUCUUUGAUCUUAAUAAACCUGAAGCUGAACCACAAAUUUUUUCUGGUCAUACUUCGGGAUUAAGACAUGUUUCAUUUUACGAGAAUGAUACACUGCUAGUAUCCUGUGCUGAAGACAAAACUAUGAGAGUCUGGGAUAGACAUAAUGGCAAAGAGAUUAGAAAUUUGGACUUUCAGUCUGUUCCUCGUUCCAUGGAGGUCUCCAAAGAUGGCAGUAUUAUCACAACAACUCAUUCUAAUAUCGUUACUUUCUGGGAUAGUAAAGAACUGACUAAGCUGCGCGAAUUUACUGUACCGACGCAAGUUAAUAGUGCAAGCUUGCAUCCUGACAAUAGUGUCUUCAUAUGUGGAGGAGAAGACUUAAAAAUGUACAAGUUUGAUUGUAGUACAGGUGUCGAGAUAGAAUCUUUGAAAGGACAUUUUGGUCCUAUACAUUGUGUAUGUUUUUCACCGGAUGGUGAACUUUAUGCCAGUUGUUCAGAAGAUGGCACAUUGAGAUUAUGGCAAACAACCGUUGGCAAGACUUAUGGACUUUGGCGAUUCGUUGAGCAACCACCAACAAUUCAAGAAAAUUCAACUACAGUAAAUAGUAAACAAGAAGUUACUGCCAAUUGAAAGAUGAGUAAUAAAUUCAAUCUUUUUUUGAAAAAUUCCAAAAUCAACUAAAUGAAAAAAUACGAAACCAUUAUUGUGGUUAAAUCGAGGUAUGGAAUUUUGUUUAAAAAUACAUUACAAAUAAUAUUUAAAUUUGUGAUAAGAUGUUUUAGAACAAAAUUAUGUGUAAAUAAACAUAUUCCGAAAUCCAUGAAAAAUAAAAUUUUUUAUCAUUUGUCA